AAUGUCUGAGGAGAUGGGGCCCUGGAGAAACAUCUUUCCAAUAUCAAAAGCUGGACCGUUCGGCAUGGAGCUUAGCUUCUUUGUUCCGCAUUUGAUUAUCUUGCCCGUUACUCUUUGGGCUGCGGAGAUUGUUACAAAAUUGGUCGACGAACCUACUGUUAGGUUUGCACAAUGGCUAUACAAGAAAACACUCGCACCAUCGCCUCGUUUGUAAAAAUAUGGGGCUGAAUAUUGGGUAUCGGUAUACUUGUUUUAGACGUUGUAUAAUUAAAUUAGAUGUCAUGGAUUGUGCCUUGGAAUGCAUGAGGAGUUUGAUUUUAGCCUGAUAUGUUCAAAAUGAAUACCAACAAUUGGUUUGCUGUCACAAGCUCAUGCCGCUUUUGCUCCUCUACCCCUGAAGCCGCGAUGUCAAAUCCGCAAGAUGCCCCGCGGAGUCCGCCAAAUGCAUCUGCAGGCAGGGGACGGACUACUGCAUAUGUAACUUCGCAAUAUUUUCCAACUUCGAGAGAAGAUUCCUUGCAACCAAAAUUAUUGGAUUCCGGGCCAAAAAUUGAAUUUUAUUUCCCACACCCCGUAAUCUUGCUCAAACUUCGUUUCCUUCUCAAUGCUGGCUAUGCACCAUGGUUGUUCGUCUUCGAGCUCUGCUCCGAUUCCUCCCAUUAUUCUUCAUAUCUUGUGUUAUCUUGUAUCAUGGCUGGAAUUUCAUGCGAUCUACCGACAUCACAUUCUCUUCCGUUUACACAGCACACCCUCACGCUGGAAGGUACUUUGAACAGGUAUUUUCAAUAGAUAAGCCUGCAGAUUAUGACUUCCCGGCUCUCAAACAACAAUGCCAGCAAACAGAAUGGCCAAAAAACGAAGUGUACCUAGAUUGCACUGGCAUCUUUGCAGGAUUGACUACAAUCGUGUCUCAAGUAAAGGUUUGCUUGAAGAUGGCUUUGGAUACUGGUCACGGAAUCAUAUUACCGUCGAUUCAUUAUCGCGACAAAGAUAAUCUGCAAGCACUCAACCGGUUCAAUGAAAAAGCGAUCAUGACUUUUGGCGAGUGGUUUGAAGAAGAUCAUUUACUGGAGCAGAUGAAGAAAGUUUGUCCACAGAUGCGAAUUAUCAAGCUUCGUGAAAUAGUUUCCGGUGAGGUUACUGUGCAGCAUCGUUGGUCAAUAGAACUUUCGGAUAAAACCGCUCCGGGGUUGGCUCCAUUCCAGGGAUAUUUCUGGAGAGGAAGGAGCUUCAAAGAUUUUUUUGAUGCUCAAUAUUCCCAAUUAGAACAGCUUUUCCUGUUGAACCCUAGCAACAAGCUUAAUCGUGAAGCUGGUAUAACUGCCAUAGAUAUUAAUCCACAGUUCUUGAUCUUCAGAGUCACCGAUGAUCCGACCGGGAAAGAGCUAAAGUUGUGGAAUGAACUGGGGUAUCUGGUCCGAUUCAAAGAGCCACCUCGGCGAGUUGUCAAUCGAUUAUUGGCUCAAAUAGAUCGUCCUUUUUAUGGCGUACAUUUCAGAGUUGAAUCGGAUCAAAUCUGGAGCUCUCUUGAAAAUCAGCUGCAGGUAGAUCUAGAUGCGCUAGAUCGCGCAUGGGCAAAAUAUGGCAAACCUGACAAGAAAAAGCCUUUGGUCUAUCUGGCUUGUGGAGAUCAGAAUCAAGUGCUAAAAUUCGUGGAAGCUGGAAAGGCUAGAGGGUGGGAAGUCACACAUAAGUGGAAGCUGGCGGAAAAAGAUACCAACACCUUGAAGACGAUCAAUAAACUCAGUUUUGAUUUCCAAGGUGCUAUUGAUAUGGGAGUUAUGAUCAAGAGUCACUUCUUCUUAGGCAUUACUGGAAGCGCAUUUUCUUCCUCGGUCGCGAACGCUCGUGAUUCCACGGGGAGAUAUCGAGGAAGUUCUUUCUCGGUUUUUGAUGAUGGUGGCGCGAGGACUCAUCUUUUCAAUGAUGGAGAGUCAAGUUUUUAUCCUUGUUGUCUGUAGUAAUGGUUUCCACCAAUUGGGGCAACAGCUUGGCCAAUUGUUUUGAAAAAUCCGAGGAAGUCGCGUUUAUUACCUUCUCUUGCUCAUUUAUUAUACCCCUAGAAGUAAAGAUUGGAAGAAAUAUCCUUUAUAUUUAUGGCCUGUUUGUGCUAUUUAAUGAUUUUUGUACCUAUUGAAUGUUCCGUGUUGUCUUUUCAUCAUACUGGCUCUGAUUUCAACUUCGGAGCAACGCACUAUCCCAUCCUGCGUCCUGAAACAUGCUUACUUUCAUCCCCCCAAAAAACUGGAAAUUACGUUCACUUAGCAGUAAGCAGAUUGCAAUAUCAGGCUGGCAUCGUACCUAGUCCAGCCUGAGGUUCGUUCUUGGAUGGGAAGCCCCAGUUUAGAGGACUGUCCCGCAUCAAUUUACCGACAUCGUGUCAUCCCCUUCAUUCUCGUCUGUAUGGUUACAGACGAAGUUUACUUUCGGACAGGCUCACGAAUUUAUUUCUGUUACAUUAUAUAUUUCAAAAUUUUCGUAGAUUACGUCAAAAAUUUGUCAAAAAGCUGCAUAAAGUUAU